CGCAGGCCGCACAUGAAAUCUAGAAAUAGGUGUUCCGAGUGUCGGAGACGAAAGGUUAAGUGCGGCGAAGACAAGCCACGAUGCUCAGCUUGUGUCCGAAAUGAAGCUCCAUGCCUGUAUCCCGACGUCGCGCGUCGCCUCACCUCCCCGGUCGACUCCGUCACGCCCAUCAACAGCUACAGAGCCUCCUCCGCAUCAACCUCGUACUCGACGCAGAACUCGUGCAGCAAAGGCUCGUCCAGCGUCGAGGAGGCCCUGACUUCGUUCGGUAUGGAUGAUAUGGUUCUCUUUCACCAAUGGAUCUUUCAUACCAGCCGCACUAUCAUUCAGUCACCUAACAUCGACCACUGCUGGCAAGUGACCUUCCCGAACAUCGGCUUCCACCACCCCUUCGUCAUGCACGGUAUCCUAAGCCUCGCUGCCCUGCACCUCGCCCUCACGGACCCUGGUAGCCGGAAACAGCACAGCCUCGACGCUGCCCGCCACCACAACACCGCCUUAAGGGGGUUCCGCGAAGGUAUCGACCACAUGGUCACAAGCGAGGACUACAGUAACAGCGACGCUCUCUUUGCGUGCUCAAUCCUCAAUAUGAUCUACAUCUUUGGCAUGCUGGGCGGUCUCCACAGCUCACUUGACGGUAAGCCCGGCCUCCGCCAGCGCACCGCCCGCGUCCUCGGCGGCGAGUGGAUUCCUAUGGUACGCGGCAUUGGCGCCAUCAUCCAACCAGCGGCCUAUGAGCAGAUUCGCCUUGGGCCCCUCGCCCAACUAGUGUCCUUGGACCACUGGGAAGAGCUCGACUCGGACAGCGACCUCGCCGUCAAUGACGAGCACUUUCGCGUCGUUCCCGAGGCUUGGGCCGCCCUACCCAUCCCGGAUAUUGACGUUUACAACGAUGCCUGGCGCAUGCUCCGGCGGUGCUACCUCUAUUCUAUGCAAUUCGCGGGCAAUUCUGCUGUCGGCGGUGGGCAUGAAGGCUUGCCAUCUGAAGGAGAGAAGGAAUGGACAUUCAACAGGCAGUGGGCCGGAUCCAUAGCCUUCCUGCAUGAAACCUCAGAGGAAUACCUUCUGCGGGUACAUCAAAGGCAGCCCCCAGCCCUGGUAAUCUUCUCCUAUUUUGGCGCUCUGCUGCACGACCUGGAUGACUACUGGUUUCUCCAGGGCUGGGGUCGGGACAUUGUCGAGGUGGUUAACGAGUCAUUGGGCAGCUACUGGAGACCAUGGACGAAAUGGCCCAGGCAGGUAGUUGGGUUGUCU